UUUUUGACCUAUAAAUACCACAGAGAGGAAAUGAAAAUACUCGAACGUCAAGUAAACCGUGGACUGAUAGCAUGACACUGUGUGUUCAUGCAUAUAAUAGAUAGAACUCACUGACGUGCGUCCAGAAUAAAGCUGAACACUAAAAGGGAAACAGUACUAAGUUAUCCUUGUACAGAGAACACACUCAUCAUGAAAGAAAAUAACAAAAAUAUCUACGAAAUUGUGGUAUUUGGUGCGGCAGGGGUCGGCAAGACCUCGAUUAUCCGACGAUUUUACCUCGGCGAGUUCACGAAUGUCUACAACCCUACAGUAGAGGAUUGUUACUCACGAGUUCUAAAUUUGAACGGAAAGGUUAUCGUAUUGAACACUACGGAUACCUCUGGUAGUUACCAGUUUCCUGCUAUGAGGCAGGUGGCAAUAAAUAGGGCUUCUGGGUUCAUUAUGGUAUACUCUUUGGACAAUCGAUACUCGUUCGUUGAAUUGAAGAGACUUUUCGAUGAAAUCGUCGAAAGUAAGCCGAAUGCUGAAGUCCCUAUUAUCCUUGUUGGCAACAAGAGAGACAUGAAAAAUAAGCGACAAAUAUCGUCUGAGCAAGUGGUGAAGGAUAUUACAGAAUAUAUCCGGUCGAAAGGUACACGUAAUUUUAAAUUACGACAGAUUGAAACAUCAGCGAAAGACAAUUACAACAUCGAGGCAGUAUUUAAAGAAAUGAUUGAGAUAUUAACGAACAUUCCAUGCGACAAAUCUUGCACAACGAAACCCAAAAAAGUAUUAAACUGGUUGAGAAAAUUCAGUUGUACUUUCGGAUCAUACACUGUGAACUAAAUACCGAAUCUCGUAUCGUAAUAGGCAUCCAAGCGAUAAAUCAUGUACGAAGAAACCUCAAGAAUGUAUUGAACACGAAAAACAUUCCAUACGAUAAAUCUCAGGUACAAAGAAACCCGAAAAAUAUUAAACUGGUUGAGAAAGUUCAGCUGUUCAUUCGGCUCACACGCUCAACUAAAUACAAAAUCCUGAUGAUCAUCAUGAUAAACUUUCAAGCGGUAAAUCAUGUACGAAGAAACCUCUGGAAGAUAUUGAGCACGAAAAACAUUCCAUGCAAUAAAUCAUGUACGAAGAGCCAAAAAAGAGGUUUAACUGGUCGAGAAACUGAUUGAACUGUACUUUUGGACCAUUAUACACUGUGAAUCGAAACUGGAAUCGGAAACUUGUAUCUUACUAAGCUGUCAAGAAUAUAUCGAACCAUGAAGAACUCGAAGGAUUUUUUUGAUAUUUGCGUAAACCUUCCAUGCAAGAAGUCACGUCCAGGGUACCGGUAAACAAUUUCUCUGAGUUGGCAAAAAAGCAAGAUAUUGAAAUAAAUAUCAAACUGAGUUAUAAGAGUCAAGUUACUAAUUUAAAUUUAAGAUAACAAUUCGUUUUCUGAUGAUAUUAGCUAUUGCUAAAUAGUUUGGAAAGAACUAAUUAUUGUAAUUUAAUUAUGUUUUAAUAUGACUUAGCAUGUCUAAUGACCGUCCUUUACUGGCUCAGUACUCGAAAAGUGAUUUAUUUUAAGAUAAUCCGACAUACUGGGAUAUUGGAUCAGCUUGUCAAAACUUCCCACUUGCGAUCUAUUUUGUUAGGUACUGAACAUUCUGAAUAAAAAGGGGGUUAAUCAUUA